AUGGCGGCUAAUACACUGCGGGCAAAAGCUAGUUACUACAUAAAUCUGAAGAAUAUCAAUGAUGCUAAAUGGGGCCAUCUUAAAACAAUACCACGCACAUUUGAAGUUCGAAGUGAAAAUGCUAAAAUAGAGUUUAAGAAAUACAUAAACGAUAUUCAAGAUCUCACAGCUGGUAAAAACAUGUCAGUUCUCUACAAGGUAAAUGUUGAACUGAUGGAUGCUGAGAAAAGAUUCAACAAGAAGAGGAAAGUGUACAAAAAGAUAAGAUCAAAGAAGUACAAUGUACCUUUGAAGAAGCAGAGCAUGAAGCUAUCCAACUUCGAGGUCCUGAUGAGGAAAAUAGCAGAAGAAAACGGACAGAAGAAACCAAAUUUAGAAAUAUUAUCGUUUUUGACGACUGAUAAACCAACGAAGCCAAUGACGACAAAACAAAUAAAGCUGAAAUUUAAGCCGAUUUUGAGAAAGGUGAAAACGAACUACACGAAGAUCAUAAAGCCGGUGAGAAGUAAGAUAAUUACGCUGACAAAAUAG